AUGUCCGUCCUCUCCAGAGAACAACCUGAGUAUGUUGGCGUCUGUGUCCGUCGAUCUAUUGGACGCCCUGAAAUCCGCAACCUCGACUUCCUCCUCCUCCUCGAUGAAUUUUCCGUCCCCCAAAACGGUGGCUUCCCAGAUCACCUACAUCGCUUCGAGACCGUUACUUAUAUGCUGGAGGACCAGACUCAGCAUGAGGAUUUUGCCGGCCAUAAGGGAACCAUUGGACCUGGGGAUUUGCAGUGGAUGACUGCAGGACGUGGGAUUGUGCAUUCGGAGAUGCCGGUGAAGUUGCCGAGGGAGCAGGAGGAUGAGAGGGCCCAUGGGUUGCAGUUGUGGAUUAAUUUGCCAAAAGUGCACAAGAUGUGUGAACCACAGUACCAGGAGCUAUUGGACGCUCAGAUACCACACGCUAGAUCCCAGGAUGGAGUUGUUAUCAAGGUCAUUGCUGGAGACUCCCACGGUGUCAAAUCUCAAAUCUAUACCCGCACCCCGACAAUAUUUCUCGAAUUCAAGGUGGACAAGAACCAAACCGUCACUCAAACCAUCCCGGCAACAUACAACGGAUUCAUUUACGUACUCAGCGACACCGCAUACAUCGGGGGUCCGAACAGUGAGACCGAGGCAAAAGCGCAUCAUACCCUCAUCUUCUCCGAGGAUAGUACCAGCACCGUCGGGAUCCAAACAAAGGAUGAGGCAGCGCAUUUUGUAUUGAUAGCGGGGGAGCUGUUGAGGGAGCCUGUGGUUCAGAUUAGGACGUUUGUGAUGAAUACCCAGGAGGAGGUGUAUGAGACUUAUAGGGAUUAUCGCGAUGGAGUGAAUGGAUUUGAGAGGAGGAGGACGUGGAACUCGGAUGGUGCAAAGUAG